AGCCGUUGCAAUAAUAACGAAAAUUCAAUGUGGAAAUUUAGUACUUACCGCUCCAUUUGAUCAUGUUAAAUCAAUCGAACGAAAUUGGGAAUUUCAUGUUCAACCAGAUAAAAUUAUAUCGGUUGGACCGAGUUUAUAUGUUACUAAUAUUUGA